AUAACCAAUUCUAUUUUACGAUUCAACACCAGCACAUCAAAUAAAAUACAUAAUUUAUGCAGUACAUAAUAUAGACAACAUUGUCGCGAUGCCCUGUUUCAAGCAAGAAAAAAGCCUUGAGUUCCGCUCUCGGCGGGAUACCACAAAUGAUCGGGAUCCGAUGGCGCCGAAGGCUGUUCGGCCGCGUUCUAUGCGAUACCAUGGACUCUUUGGCAUGUCCAUUGCAGCCCAGCAUCUCAUCGUUGAUGACACUUGGACGCCGAGCUCUAUAACCGAACUAUUUGGAAACAUGGCCGAGCUACUGAAGCGGCGCGUCAUCUACAAGCGGCACGAAACGAAGACCCAUCGAGCCCACCUCCUGGUGGAGAACAAGCGUGUCAAACGUGAAUGCGCAGAUGGGCGUCUCAAGUUGCAAAAAAUAACGACCGGCAAUAAUGCCCACCAGAUUAGAAAUUUUCUUAUUAUGCGCAGGGAUAUGCAGCGGCUGUACCAGAGGAUGCCCAUACAUCUGGUCGCUGACAAUAUCAAUCAACGGACUUUUGUCAUGCGUAAGGAGCGGGAUCGUCUCGAAGCUCGAUUGCUGCAGCUGAAGCACAAAUAUAAAACAUUAUUGAUGGACAGGUCCAAGGCGCUUAAUUUGAUAAAGUACGAGAAUGUCCUGGAGGAGGAGAUACAAUCGCGUAUGUUACUUAAGAAGAUAGGUAACUCGAAUGUUCGCAUGAAUGCCAUACGUACCAUAAAUACGACAUAUAAGAAAAUGCGUCAAGUCUUACUGCAGGAUGAGAUUUUCUAUGAGCCCAUUCUGCGCUCUCUUGAUGGCGAUAUAGAGGAUCAGCAGAACUUCAUUAAGCACAUACUCUAUCUGGGCAUGCCGGCUAUAGCCAAGUUUAAAGUACUGAACCGUGAACUAUUGCAACUGUCGGAGAAGGCACGCAAGAGUCAACAAUCAAAGAUCCAAAUAUUAAAUUCACUGAAAAAGCCAGUUGUUAUUGGGCCACCUCAGAUUGUAGUUAGAGAGAUACAAACGAAUAAUCCCAAACGUUACCUUCGCCUCACAGAAAGCAUGGCCACUCUCAAAUCUGAGCUGCAGAUAGUUGAAAAUACAAUAAAAAAUCUAAGAUUAACUGUAUUGUGUUCGCAAGCAAAAGAAAUUUAUCCACGCAUUAAGAACCAAUUAGAAAGCAAUGAAAAGCUCAUUCGGGUAAUUCAAAAGGACAAACAGACCAAAAAUGUGCUUGAGCAAAAAAUGAGAUGCUCCACUCUGUUGGCUGAUGUAUUAUUAAAUAAUCUUUCCGAGGAGGAAAUCAAUCGUCUGGACCGCAUUAAAGAGCUACAGGCGAUGUUACAGGCUGAUACGGAAUUUGAGGAGUAUAGCAUCAACCACAUGAAGAAUAGGGCUGAUGUCUAUGUGCUACUGCGAUGGUCCGUUUGGAAUCUGUGGGAAAUCCUCCGUCAUAUAGAUCGUAAAACUAGAACGUUCAAGCAACAAUAUCCGAAUAUUUUUUUAAAGCUUCCACUUCUGAAGUUCGAGCUUCUUGAGAUAAGAGCCUUUCCCCCGGAACUUUUUGAGGAAGACGUUGAUUUAAUUAUGCAUUACCUUAAGCGCAAAGUUUACAAGCUUAUGCAGGGCUUUACUCCCAAUAUGGCAGCCACAUUUGAUAUUAGUCGAGAGCGUUAUCAUCGAGAAUAUAUGGAAAAGAUCGAGCCUCCCAAAACAGCUGAUGACGAUCAGCAGGACGGGCCCAAGAUUGAUGACUUGGGAGAGGAGCGGACCAUAGCCUCUAUACCGAAUCGCAAACAGAUUAAGGCACAGAGCGCCAAAAUAGUGGAAGAAGCUGUCAAACGGGAGGAAACUUAGCGUUUGUUUUGGCAU